GAAAAUUGGAAGGAAAGAAACGGCAGGGGAAAAUAUUAGGGAUACGUAAUACAUGAUCAAAAAAAUCACAUUUCAUUUUCCUUUCAAUUUUCCAGGGUAAACUCAAAAAUAAGAAAAUCACAUUCCAUAACAUCCCCCCUGACUUUAGUAUUUUCCUUGAUCGAAUCACACCCUUCAGCUUGGGUCAGCUUGAAGUGCCUGAAGAUGAGGUGAUGCAUAAGACAAAGACCUGUUAAGAAGAGUUUACAUUCCUGUUGGCCUUACCUGAUAUAGCAUUACUCAGAAUCCAAGUGCAUGAGUGUGUCAUGUCUGAGAAGGACGACUUGGCAGUACAAAUAUGCUUACCUGUUCUUAAGUUAAGAUCAGGCAUUUGUGACAUUCCUAUUAGAAAAGGAGAGAAUUUCACUGUGGUGUUGGAAGGACAAGACUUUAGACAGCUUAGUGUUUUUUCUUAAUAAACUGAAUGUUUGUGAAAACGAAUAAAAAGGUACUUCAAAUGUUGUAUGAUUACAUAUUAUACGGAGUAUUAAUCUUUCAAAUUUUAUAAAAUCGCAAAUGAAUAUCAAGAUAUGGACUAGGUUGUCAUGAGCUAGGAAGCCUAGUUUAUGGUUAGGCUUAUUUUAUUCUCUCUUUCCGUUCCCAACCAUGUCCGUAGUAUAGGCCUUCAGCUCCACUGCAAGUAAGCACCUUAUUCCUCAUAACUGCUUUAAUAAAGUAAACAAUAUACAAGAGAUCUCUUUCCUUCAAUAUGGGGUCAAGUAUAGAAUAUUCCAAAUAGUUCUUCCCCGAAAACAAUGGUUUCCCUCACUGCCAGCAAAUGCAAGAGCUUUGAAAUGAGUUGUAUAAAAGGAAAGAAGGACAACAUGCAUAAUUCUGUUUCCCCCCCUGAGUUAUAGAUGGCACACCAACAUUUUAGGGUGUGUUGCUGUUUUCUUGGUUUCAAACAAAGGGCAGCAGAAGCACCGGAUGACAUAAGAGAUGUUUUUAGCAAAUAUUCUGAUGAGAAUGGAAUCAUGACUGCCAAUGACUUACUCAAAUUCUUGAAUGAGAAACAAAAAGAGACUGAUGCAACCAUUGAGACAGCUGAAAAGAUUUUGAACAGCGUGAAGCGUCUACAAAAGAGUUUUGACAUUGAUCAGUUUUUCCAUUACCUGCUAAGUGAUCUUAACAAUGCCCACAACACAAAGGUUCACCAUGACAUGAGUGCUCCCUUGGCACAUUACUUUAUAUUCACCGGACAUAACUCUUAUCUCACUGGAAAUCAAUUCAGCAGCAAAAGCAGUGACAAACCCAUAGUGAAGGCUCUAAAGGAAGGUGUGAGAGUGAUCGAAUUGGACCUUUGGCCUAAUUCAAGAAAGAAUGACAUCAAAGUUUGUCAUGGCAGGACAUUGACAUCACCGGUUAAACUAAUCAAAUGUUUGAAAGCCAUCAAGAACAAUGCAUUUGUUACUUCAAAAUAUCCUGUCAUAAUAACUUUUGAAGAUCACCUUGAUGCAAAUCUUCAAGCAAAAGUGGCAAUGAUGGUCAAACAAACUUUUGGAGACAUGCUGUUUUGUCCUGAAUCAGAUCUAAAUGAGUUUCCUUCACCAGAAUGUCUAAAGGGGAGAGUUAUGAUUUCAACAAAGCCUCCAAAGAAAUACUCAAAGUCUGGGAGUGUAAUCAAACGACAUUCCAUAAAAGAGACCAGUUUUGCUACCAAUGGACUUUCAUCCACUCAUGGGUCUCACCAUUUGGAUGCUGAUGUUUUAGAGGCUGAUGAUGAAAAGAGUACAACCGAAUACAAAAAAUUGAUUGCCAUCUGCGCUAGCAAACUCAAGGGUAGUAUGAAAAAUUUACCCAGCCAUGAUCACAAAGUUACUCGUCUUAGCAUGAGUGAAGAAACACUUAAACUUAGUAUAAACAGCCACGGGAAGGAACUUAUCCGGCUUACACAACGGAGCUUUUUGAGAGUGUACCCCAAGGGUUCGCGCAUCACAUCAUCAAAUUAUAAUCCUUUUACUGGAUGGAUGCAUGGAGCUCAGAUGGUUGCGUUUAACAUGCAGGGAUAUGGAAAGUAUCUGUGGAUUAUGCAAGGGAUGUUCAGAGCUAAUGGCUGCUGUGGUUAUUUGAAAAAACCGGCAUUUCUAUUAGGCGAUGGAAACUAUGAUGAAGUUUUUGAUCCCAUGGCUUUGCCAGUAAAAAAAACUUUGAAGGUUAAUAUAUAUAUGGGAGAAGGGUGGCGUACGGACUUCCACUUCAGACAUUUUGAUUUUUGUUCACCGCCAGACUUCUACACAAAGGUCAGCAUAGUAGGAAUGCCAUGUGACCGUACGAGAGCAAAGAAAACUCACAGAAUUGAUGAUCAGUGGGUGCCAACAUGGAACGGCAAUGAAUUUAAGUUCCAGCUACGCUUUCCUGAACUAGCAUUGCUUCGGGUUGUGGUUAGGGAUCAUGACCCUGCUGGAGAAGAUGGAUUUGGUGGGCAGACUUGCUUGCCUAUUUCCGAGUUGAAAGCUGGCUUCCGCUCUGUUCCACUGUAUGACCAUAGAGGCGACAAGUACAAAAAUGUCAGGCUCCUUAUGGGUUUUGAGUUUAUUUGACGUGUACUUGCACACACCCACACCCACACCCAUAGAUUUAGUUCACAUCAAUGGGUUGGAGCGUUGUGUGCUUAUGGGUUUCUUAAGAGUCUUUUGGCUUAAGAAGGUUGUAACGGGCGGAGUUCGACCCUUUACAAGUUUUCGGAAAUUAAGAAUGAAUGCAUUUAUAAGCAUGAUGUUCUCUCUCAUGCAAAAGGGUCUAUUGAUAUGAGUUUGGAGCAUCAUGAUCGUUUGUGCAUUUUAAGAACAUUGAAUAUACCUCUGGGUUUUUAGAUCCAAUGCCCCAUUGAGCCAAGAAGUGAGCUGUAAUAUUCAUUUCUUGAAAGCGAGUAACAAAAUGUAGAUUAUAAGGACUUCAACAUGAAUUUUAGGUGUAUUUAUAGGUUUUGGUUUAAAUGAG